AGCAGAAUGCGAGUACUUGUCUGUCAGAAGAAGGUUCUCUGUACUUUUGAAUGACUGAAAGUGAAAAGAAUGGCGUCUCAAGGAAUUCAGUCCAUUGGUAUUCUCACAGCCUUCUUGGGAUGGUUGGGAGCCAUUGUUGCAUGUGGGUUGCCUCAGUGGAAAGUAACCGCGUUCAUUGGUGCAAACAUUGUGACAGCGCAGAUCAUCUGGGAGGGAAUUUGGAUGACUUGUGCAGUGCAGAGCACCGGGCAGAUGCAGUGCAAGAUUUAUGACUCCCUGUUGGCACUCAGUGCGGACUUGCAGGCCGCCAGAGCAAUGAUCAUUAUCUCCAUUUUGGCUGGUAUCUUUGGAAUCAUGAUGUCCAUCGCUGGUGGGAAGUGCACCAACUGCAUUGAGGAUACACGUGCUAAGUCUAUGGCAUGCAUCGUGGCUGGGGUGUCAUUUAUAAUCGCGGGUGUGCUCUGUUUGAUCCCUGUAUCCUGGACAGCUCACAGCAUCAUCGUAGAUUUUUAUAAUCCCAUAUUGACGGAUGCACAGCGGAGGGAAAUGGGGACUUGUUUGUACAUUGGCUGGGCAGCUGCAGGUCUUAUGCUGCUGGGGGGAGCGCUGCUCUGCCUGAACUGCCCUCCCAGAGAGCAGCGCAUCUACAACCCAAAGUACUCCUCUGCAAGAUUAACCCCUAUCUCCAAGGAAUACGUCUGAGAGAGACAGACUAGUCUCAAACUACUGCUAUUUAUCCAUGGUUUCUGUUUAGAAUUAGUGCUAGGAUUUGGUUGGCAUUCUGAUUGUUUUCUGAAAGUUUUCUUGUAAAUAAACCACAUUAUUCACA